AUGGCAACAUUGUGGAAAGCCCUCCCGAGAUCUCCCGGAAUUCCCUCCAAAAACGACAACAUUUCGAAAACAUUCUCAACAAAGACCGAUAAUAACGAAAACAUAAAUAUUCCCGCCACAAACCCCCCAAUAAAUAAUAAUAAUAAGCUACGAAAAUGCACGUCAUUGAGGGUUGCAACAUCGUUCACCCGUGUGUGCUUAUGCGCACCAAUCUCUUCUUACACCGAGGUUUUUCAAGUCAAUCACGUGCCUCCGAGGAGAAGCUAUAGCUACCCGAGAUCAAAGGCUCCCCUUCAUGCAAAUCAAGAAAUUAGAAGCACCUCGAGUGCAAGAAUGAGUGUGGAGGGGAGAAGAAUAUUUAGGGGAAAAUCGUUAACAGAUGAUGUAUUGAUGAGAAGAUUUGUUGUUGAGGAGGAAGCCAUGAUGCAAGUAAGGAGAAAGAAUGAGAUGGAGAUUAUUAGGAGAAGAAGUGCAAUGAGGAGGAAAAAGCUUGGGCCAAGUCCCUUGUGUAGAAUGGUUUUGGUUGAGGAGGAAUAA